AAGUUUAAUUUGCCUAUUUAAAUUAGACUUUACAUUUGUAGUUAGUUCUUUAACUUUUUAUGGUAGUUACUGUUUGGAAUGGCUCAAAACUGUAAAAUAAGUCAUUGGGCCUAUUUGUCCCGAAGUAGUUAACUUGAAUUGCACUUUAAUAUAUCUAAGUCAGUUUUGGACUCUUCAGAUCCCUUGAUCUUCAAAGACUUUUCCCCAUAGCCGUGUGCAUCAUGCCCGUACGCGGUAAGAAGCUGGUCGCUGCGCCGAAGAGCAAGUCCUCCGUGUCGCGUUCGAUGCGCGCAGGGCUGCAGUUCCCCGUGGGUCGCGUCGCGCGUCUCCUGCGGAAGGGGAACUACGCGCCGCGCAUCGGAUCCGGGGCAUCGGUGUACCUGACCGCGGUCAUCGAGUAUCUGUGCGCGGAGGUGCUGGAGUUGGCGGGCGACGCGUGCCGCAACAACAAGAAACCGCGCAUCACGCCGCGUCACAUCCAGCUCGCGGUGCGCAAGGACGAGGAGCUGAAUGCGCUGCAGGGCGGCGUCACGAUCUCGGAGGGCGGCGUGCUCCCCAACAUCCAGGUGCAGCUCCUGCCCAAGAAGACCAAAGCCCCACGGGACCCGCCAAUCCUGGGACUGGACGUCUUUGGGGCUUCUGAAGCGGACUCUGCUCGAGCACUUGACUGGUGCUUUUAACUUUAAUAAAUCUGUUUUUUCUCUAAA